UUCACCCCCGUCUACGCCGUCAACUUCUUCAACAGCCUCUUCGACCUCAGCGUCGAUUAAAUUAGGCAGGACAUCUUCUAGUCAUACACGCCGUAUCAGCGCAGGGCGUGCGAAGGCACUGCUGCAAGGCCAGAAGGCAGACAUGUUUUCUCCACGUAGCAGCAACUACGAACGGCUCGAGAACGGUAUGGGCCCAUCUCGCAUGAACGGCAUACGCAGGUUUGGAUGGAAGAAGUUCGCGAUAGGAGCUGUCGUGGUCAUCGGGCUCGUCUGGGUGUUUGGCCCGCGGAAGGAGGACAUUAUUCCCGAGAAGUAUAUACCCUCAUUCCCCAAGUCACCGUUUGGAGGCUCGGACUUGGAAGAGUCCGCUGCCCGCCCACCCCCCAUGCCAACCCAUCCAACGAUAGACCCGCCUCAUGGGGACGACGACGAGAUCGCCCCACCCGCGCAGCCGCGGCCGACAUCCCCCGCAACCGAUCCAGAUAUGUCCAAAACAGUGUACUGCACACGGCCAUACAGACCCGACCAGCCUAUCGUGCAGUAUGCGCUCAUGAUCGACGCUGGCUCGACGGGCUCACGCAUCCACAUCUACAAGUUCAACAACUGCGGCGCAUCGCCCGUGUAUGAGUAUGAAGUCUUCAAGCAGACAAAUCCGGGCCUCUCGUCUUACGCCGGCCGCCCACUUGAGGCAGCGCAGAGCCUAGACGUCCUGCUCGAUGAGGCCGUCACAGUUGUCCCCCAGGCGCUUCGGAGUUGCACACCCGUUGCAGUCAAGGCUACCGCAGGCCUGCGUUUGCUCGGCCAAGCGGAAAGCGAAGAGAUCCUCGAUGCGGUGCGGCACCGGCUGCACGAGAAAUAUCCAUUCAGCCUCCAGAACCGAGACGAUGUCGUGAUCAUGGACGGCAAGGACGAGGGCGUCUUUGCGUGGAUCACGGCGAACUACCUCCUGGACACGAUCCGUGCAAGCACCCCCGCGAACACGCCGACGUACGCCGUGCUCGAUCUCGGCGGGGCGUCGACGCAAAUUGUGUUUGAGCCCAUCUUCGCAUCGGACCGCCCCGACAGCACGCUCGCCGAAGGCGAACACAAAUACGAGCUCGUGUUCGGUGGGCGGACGCACGUGCUCUACCAGCAUUCGUACCUCGGCUACGGCCUCAUGCGCGCGCGCAAGUCGGUACACCGGCUCAUCGAUUUCAUGAGCUCCCUCCAGCCCCCUCUGUCUGACGGCACGGUCGCGAAUCCGUGCCUCGCCAAGGGUACGAGCCGAACAGUCGAAGUCGAGGAAGAGCGGCUCAAUGAGACGCGGAGCGUCACCAUGACCGGCGCGGACGUCGGCUCCUUCGAAGCAUGUAAUCGCGUGGUGCAGCUCGUCAUGGCCAAGGAUGCCGUAUGCGAGGUCAAGCCGUGCUCGUUCAACGGCGUGUACCAGCCGUCGUUGCUCGACACGUUCCCGAACGGCAAAGUUCUGCUUUUGUCAUACUUCUACGACCGCCUCCAGCCGCUGCUGCCUGAUAGCAGAAGUCCGCCGCCGAUCACGGUGUCGACACUCGCGGGCCUCGCAGAGGAACUUUGCCAGGGACCAUCGGCGUGGGAGGCGCGCUGGGGUGGCGACGCGGCGCUCAUGUUCGAGCUCGAGGACCGCCCGGAGUGGUGUCUCGACAUGACGUUCAUGCACGCACUGCUCAGACUCGGGUACGAGUUUGGCGACGACCGCGUCGUCGAGAUUGGCAAGCAGAUUGAUGGCACCGAGCUCGGGUGGUGCCUCGGUGCGACCAUUGCCAUGGUUGGUGCGGAGCUCACAUGUAAGAUUUAGAGUUGUUCCUGUAAUACCUUCGGAUGCAUGCUUUGUAUACGUUUAGAGUAGAGGACUGCUCUCGAUAAUUGUUCAUUACUG